AUGAGUUUAGACAUCCAACUUACUGCCCCCAAUGGGCGCACUUACAAGCAGCCCACCGGUUUGUUCAUCAACAACGAAUGGGUCAAGUCGUCCAAUGGCGAAAAGAUCACAUCUAUAAACCCAACCAACGAGGAGGAAAUCACAUCCGUCUACGCUGGUUCGUCCGAAGACGUCGACAAAGCCGUCCGCGCUGCCCGCCGUGCCCUCCACAACCCAUCAUGGCGAGAUCUACCAGGUACCGAGCGCGGUAAACUGCUCAGCCGCCUUGCUACACUUGUCGAAGAGAACAAAGAGAUCCUCGCUACGAUCGAAACAUGGGAUAACGGAAAGCCAUACACUGUCGCGUUAAACGAUGACGUGAACGAAGUCGCUGAGACGUUGAGAUACUAUGGUGGCUUUGCGGAUAAGGUGUAUGGACAAGUCAUCGAAACAACAGGUGACAAGUUUGGAUACACCAUUCGUGAACCUAUUGGCGUCUGUGGACAAAUCAUUCCGUGGAACUUCCCACUUGCAAUGGCAGCUUGGAAGCUCGGCCCAGCUCUAGCAUGCGGCAACGCAGUGAUCCUCAAGCCCGCAGAACAAACACCACUCUCCAUCCUCUAUCUCGCCAAUCUUAUCGUCGAAGCAGGUUUCCCCCCUGGUGUUGUCAACAUCAUCAACGGUCUAGGAACCGUUGCCGGUGCCGCCCUUGCUUCACACAUGAACGUCGAUAAGAUUGCCUUUACAGGUUCUACCCCCACAGCACGCAGCAUCAUGAAGAUGGCGAGCAGCAACCUGAAGAACAUCACUUUGGAGACUGGUGGCAAGAGCCCUCUCAUCGUCUUUGAUGAUGCCGAUGUUGACUUGGCUGCGUACUGGGCCCAUAAUGGUAUCAUGUACAACCAGGGUCAGGUGUGCACUGCUACCAGUCGUAUCCUUGUCCAAGAGGGUAUCUACGACAAGUUCAUGGCUGCUUUCGGAGCGCAAGUCAAGAACAUCUCCAAGGUUGGCGAUCCUUUUGAGGAGAGCACCUUCCAAGGACCUCAAGUCACCAAGGCCCAGUAUGAACGAAUCUUGUCGUUUGUUGAUGUUGGUAAGAAGGAAGGUGCCAAACUGGCUCUUGGUGGUCAACCAUUCAAGGUUGGCGAUGGAAAGGGUUACUUUGUCGAGCCAACAGUCUUUACAGACGUUACACCCAAGAUGCGUGUUUUCCAAGAAGAAGUCUUUGGACCAUUCGUGGUCGUCACCAAGUUCUCUUCUGAAGAUGAGGCUAUCCACUUGGCUAAUGAUACACAAUAUGGCCUUGGAAGUGCCCUUUUCACAACAAAUCUGACAAGGGCGCAUCAGGUUGCCAAGAGGAUCGAGGCGGGUAUGGUCUGGGUCAACUCGAGCAAUGACAGUGACUGGAGAAUUCCCUUUGGCGGAGUGAAGCAGAGUGGCAUUGGUCGGGAAUUGGGAGAGGCUGGUCUUGCGGCCUAUUCUAACAUUAAGGCUGUGCAUGUCAACAUUGCGGCAAAGCUAUAG